AUGACAAUCAGCUGUCAUAGCAAUGAAGGACAUGCGUUGGCUUCUAUAUCAUUAACUCACGUGUAUUUUGAUCCUCAAGAUAAAAUAUCAUAUGCUUUCGCUUACAUCACCCUAGCUCCUAUCGCCAUUCUCGUUUUCUACGCAUCUGUUAUUGUGUCUCGUCGUGAAAUGGCAGGGAUCCUGAUGCUUUUAGGACAACUUUUGAAUGAGGUCAUCAAUUAUUUGCUAAAGGAGGCAAUAGAACAAGAAAGGCCAUACGCUCACUUGGGUGAUGGAUAUGGUAUGCCAUCUAGUCAUUCUCAAUUCAUUUGGUAUUUUGCAGUCUAUGGAGCACUUUAUUUGAUGAAGAAUAUUUCAUUUCAUCAAAGUAUCCGGAAGGUGCUCAUAAGCAACUUAAUGCUACUACUUGCCAUUUUAGUAUCCAUCUCAAGAGUUUAUUUAGGAUAUCAUACGCUAAACCAAGUUAUUGCUGGAUCAUGCAUUGGCACAUGUUUUGGUAUAUGCUGGUUCGCUCUUGUUCAAUUGAUCUAUUCAACUGGCAUCAUCGAUACCAUCAUUGACUCACCUUUAGCAAAGAUGAUCUAUUUAAAAGAUAUGAGAAUGAUCGAUAACGUAGUUGAAUGGGAGUAUCAACAAUGGGAAAAAGCAAAUAAAAGACAAAAGCAGCAUUAA